GUAAGUACAAUAUUAUUUCUUACAUAAAUUUUCUGCCUUUUUUCUGACCACACUGUAUUAGAAGUGGGAAGCGAUCAUAGCGUUAGUCGGUGAACGUCCUGCUCAGAUAAUUCAUGACGAUGCAUUACUGAAUACCUGUAUACCAACAAUAUAAAGUCCAGGAAAUAUUUUAUGAUAUGGCGUCAGUGAUGAAUCAUACUAGUCAUGUGCGUGCCUUAUACAAGGCUAUUCUGAAGCUACACAGGGGUUUGCCAUUCAAUAUGCAAGCAAUGGGUGACCAGUAUGUCAAAGAUGAAUUUCGGAGGCACAAAAAAUGUUCAGAGACCGAGGCUGAAGUAUUUAUGGAUGAAUGGACAAAGUAUUACCUGCAAUUAGCAAAACAGCUUGCAGCCAGGAAGAAACACCAGACAGUGGGAACCAAUUUAUCGCCAGAAUUUUUAGACAAUUUUAAUGAUGAGCAGGUGGCUCAAUUAGUAGAACUAUUUAAUACAGCGACUGAUAGGAAAGGUGUGAAUUCAGAAACCAAGUCUUCUUGACAAGAUGUCAAUAAUAUGGAUAAAUAUUUAUAAAAUGAUACAAAAAAAAUACAUUAAAAAUUGUAAAAAAGAUUAAAAAGAUUAAUGUUGAGAGAUUAAAAUUUGUUU